AUGACUUCUGUCAAAGAACAGGAAGCCAUCAGGAAGCUCAUGGUUUUCUUGCAGGAGUGGGAUAAUGCCCACAGAGCUGCUCGAAGCUGCAUCCUGGACAACUUCAUUAAAAGCAAUGAUGGCAAGACAGAACCAGAGCUGGAGCUGGAGUUCUCCCAGGGAGCCAGCUUGUUUCUGGCUCGCCUGACAGCGUGGCUCAGGAUGACCUACAUGUACAGCACAUGCCUCAACAAGCUGCUCAAGUCCAUUGGCAUCUUCUUAUCUGCUGCAAGCGGACGCAGAUACCUUAUUGAAUUUCUGGAGAUCGGAGGUGUCCUGAUUCUCCUGGAAGUACUGGGGCUGAACCACCUCAAAGAAGAGGACAAAAGGGAGUCUGUAAGGCUGCUGCAGCUCGUCGCAGAUGGUGGCAGGAAUUAUAAGGAGCUCAUUUGUGAAAGCUACGGGGUGCAAUCCCUCGCCGAGUUCUUGGCCACUUCCAGCUCAGCGGAGGCUCAAGAAGACGUGCAGGUGCUGCUGGUCUCCCUGGGCCGCGGCAAUCCCAAGUACCAGAACCAAGUCUACAGAGGCCUCGUGGCCGUGCUGCCGUGCGCGUCCCCCCACGCGCAGCAGCUGGCUCUGCAGGCGCUGGGGGCCAUGCAGCCGGGGCGAGCCGGGGGGGGGCCCAGUGGGGCGGUGGUUGUCGGAGUGAGGGUCGCCAUGUCCUAUGGAGCGACAGCCGACCCGACCGCCCUGUGCCCGAGGGAGCCCGUGCCGGUGCACAUUCAGCAGGCAGCUGCCGCAAGAGCCAUCGGCAUAUUAGCCAAGGAGUCAGCAGAAGUGGCUGAAGAGCUGAUCCAGCUGAAGGUGGUACACGGCCUGGUGGUUGCUAUGGGGAACCUGGACCAUGUGGCCAGCCAGAGGCAUGCCAGCAUCUCCCUGGAGUAUUUUGUCCACACAUUUCCCUUGGUGGAGGAGUGCGUAAAGAAGGCACUAGGACACACACUGUUCCAGCGCUUUAUGGACAGUCCUGAGACCUGGUACACAAAAAUGGAUCCAAUCCAGGCUGAAGAACUGGCCUCCAAUAUAGUAGACAUCCCCAAAGACAUGGCAAUGAUGCAGUCCACAGAAGAGACAAACCCUGGAGCGAGCUGA